AUGCGUUUCUCUCUCUCCACUGUCGCUACCGCAGCUUUGAUCGUCUCCGUCUCUGCGGCUCCUGCCCCUGCUCCUACCCGCGCUCACGGUCAUCGUGGUGGUCAUCGUGGUGGUCACCACAACGCAAGCGGCACCAUGCCAGCGGCAGCCGGCGAGUCAACCCUUACCAAGACCAUGAUGGUAACAGGCGAGUUCGAUGGUGGCAUGAAACGUUUCGGUCGUGGCGUAUCCUGCACAGGACAAUCAGAAGGAGGAGACAGCGAUGCAGUGUUCUCUCUUGCAGCUGGCGCCACUCUCCGUAACGUCAUCAUCGGUGCCGAUCAAAUCGAGGGUGUACACUGCCAAGGUCCUUGCACUAUCGAGAAUGUCUGGUGGGAAGAUGUUUGCGAGGACGCUCUCACCUUCAAGAAGGACGGCGAUGGCACAGUCACUGGUGGUGGAGCUAUGGGCGCAUCCGACAAAGUCAUCCAACACAACGGUGCCGGAACAAUUACAGUCAGCGGCUUCACUGUCUCUGACUUCGGCAAGCUAUACCGGUCAUGCGGUAACUGCAAGACGAUGGGUGAGCGCCAUGUAAAGAUCGACGGUGUGAAGGCUACGGGUGGAAAAGCUACUUUCGUUGGCAUAAACACCAACUAUGGAGAUACUGCGACAAUCACCAACUCUUGUAUCACGGAUACAAAGGCUAUCUGCGAAGAGUUUGAGGGCAACGAUACUGGUGCUGAGCCUAAGCAGAUCAGCGAGGGUCCUAGCUCCGCUUGUAUCUACACUCCUGCUGAUAUCGCCGCUUGUUAGAUGGGCUACAUGGAAUAAUUGGUAAGUCGGAAAUGGGAUAUCUUAGAAGAGCAUAUGGUUGCUUGGAAUCUCGAGAUCGGCGAUGAUGUAUCCACUCAUUUACUCUACACCUCUUUGUGUAUAUACUCUCU